GCUCAUCCAAUCUAAAGGGCAGAAGCCACCAAGAGAUUGUACAUGUUACAGAAGCAUGAGAAUCAAUGGUUUCCUCGUCCUCCAAUCAACUAAAAUAUAGGUUACUUAGGAGAUUGUUGCAGGAUGUGCUGACAAUGUGAUGGCCGUAUUAUUAUUCGUGAGCAGGGGUUUCUUUAUAUCGAAAGAAUUUCGAUCAGAUCUCGAUAACUCAAGUGUGACCGCGGGAAAAGUCGACUAUCUACUUCCGGACCAUCAAGUUGUCUGAGUAGACAGAUUGUUCUUGUUAUAUAUAAUAAAAUUGAAAUGGCACCAACGUGAGAGACGGUGAAAUAAAGUAAGCAGAGCGUGAUGGAGCUCCACCGAGAGAGAAGAGGUUAUGAGGGUACACUAAGCAGAGCGUGAUGGAGCUCCACCGAGAGAGAAGAGGUUAUGAGGGUACACUAAAAUGAUCUUGAUGCUGCUUUAGAUUGAGUAGUUAUAGUAAGGCAAAAGAAAGUAGAAACCACAAAAAAUGGAAAUGCCUUCAUCCAUGUCCUAAACCGGAGACAACUUCGAGGAGAUGUCGUUUCUCAACAUCUCCUCGAUAUUUAGGUCGUUGCGUCGAUUCUCGCUGCUCAUCUUCCUCCUCCUAGACUUAAGGAUAGGCUAAAGGUGCUUUCGUUACCGUUUGUUAUGGGUCUCCUAAGGGGGACAGCCAUAACAAGCGGGAUAAACGAACACGACCAAAAACUUCCAAUAGACUUGAACUCCCUGACAGCGGACGCGGUCCGGACCAUCGUCUUCUCCUACGAUCGUCGGGAUGCUGAUGAAGUGCCUUGGCUGUCCGGUUUUCGAGAGGUCAACGGCCUCUACGCCUAUCGAUGGGACUACGAGUACAGGUUCUACGACAAAAGCCGCUUCGCAGAAGCAAUGACCCAAACUUGGAUCAAGGUUUUCCAAGGGUACCAGAUCUUGGUGGAUGAAUUCGGAUCGUGCGGGAGCGAUCCUCUGGAGGAAUUGCGGGAUAUAUUGGGGGAGAAGUACUUUGAGGAAAUCCAUAGAGGAGGUAGUGCUGGUGAUGUUGAUCAUUACUUUGCUGAUGCGAGAGAUGAUAAGGCGCGGCUUAGACUUGGUGAUGACGAACACUCAGAGUCGGACACGACGGCGACGACAUCAACUUCAGAGACUUCUACAUCUUCAUCUCUAGUACAACAAGAACUUCAAUACUUGAAAGAUCAAGGUAGUGCCACACUGGGCUUUGGAGACUUUCGGAAACCUCAAGACUUGGACAAAUGUGAAAACGACUUCCAGAUCAUGUUUCUAGACAGCGACGCAGUUUGGCAUGCGCAUGAAGUGAGUGUCGAAAGCCUCUUUCCAGAAAGAUUGCAAGAAAAAGGUGGCUUCAUUGCUACAGCAGCAGAUGUUCAUGGCAUCGCGGUGCCUGUGCCGCAUACGAAUGCCUGGGUUGCAAGAGGCGCUAAAGGUAGGGAGCUGUUGAGAAAAUGGCGGUAUCAGUACAAGUAUGUGCGGCAUAUGUGGCGCGUCGCGAGUAAGGAGGAGGAUGGUGAGGAAUUUUUCAAAACUUGUAGUGGCGAAAAGAAGUGGAUAUGCACGAACUAUGUUCUGAGGUAUCAACCUGAGAAGGACACCAGCACGUCGCCUGGAACGAGAAUAACUUCAGACUACAGCACCAAAGCCGCUACAACUACAAGCACUGACUCUAGUACCACAUCAACCCGCGCAGUCUACGCUGGUUAUCUACCACCUGUCGAGGCCUACGCGCCGAUAGAAAACGGACGAAAUGGACGUCCGCAUAAGCCAGGCGAGAGCGACUGCAUUUACCCCUAUCACGGGUGGGAUCCGCUUUCUCUGAUGUCCUUGAUCGCAGAGUCAGCCUAUUGGGAUUCCACCACAAGUCAAGUCAUGUUUGACGGCUUCGAAAUUCCACCAUGGUCACGGAUGAACCUGCCGUCACCCUGGAGCUUGGCGGUGAGAGCGAUACCUCCUGAAGAAGAGGUUGCUUCUGGCGCUGUAAAAGCAGUCGAUGCUUCAUCUUCAGACUCUGACUCAUCUUCAAGCACGACAACAACUAACUCAAACUCAUCAACAUCAUCAAGUCCGGGUCAUCAUUACUUGACAGUUGAGAACGACGACACUGAAAUGAUCGCAAGGAACAACAGGUUCUACAGAUGGUGGUCGAAGCGGAGGAGUGGGAUUGAGGCUGCAAAAUUUUGGACUUCUGCUCCUGGAGAGGAACCUUUGAGACCAGGAGGAAGUAGAAAAGGAGAAGUGGAAGUCCACAUAUCGGAAUUAUUGUUAAGGCUCAGCUUUCUGCUUUCAUUGGUCAUUGAGGUUAGUCACUGAAAGAGGGACCCCUUGAGAGAACAGGGGAAAACGAAGGGAAAACAAAGGGAGAGACGUGGUCGUGGAGCCCUUUUCACUCAGUAUCAGCGACCACGGAUUGCUGACCUUUAAUAUUAGGCAAGAAUGACCAGAGUGACAGUGCAGCGAAUGCGGCGGCGGCGACUAAGAUAGGGGUUCGGACGAGGUCAACAUCUAGUCGUGAAGAUGAGACCACCACGAACGACACAGUUGUAGCGGCCUCUCUUUCACGGGCACCUUCUUUGCGCGCAACGUUCAGCAUGCGCCGACCGCUGCUCCAACAUGCGGGUGACGACGACUCAAACAAGAAGAUGCUGCAAGCUUACAAUCAGAGGGGAGUGAAAACAAAGCAGACACUAUCGGCGGAUACGGUAGUCACCGGGUUAGCGAUAAGGGAAGUGAAGAUUAUGGUGAAAGUGAAUGACGCCUACCAAUCACAGACUAGGUUAACUCUUUAUGAGAUUCGAGAAUUACAAAGAAGUACUGACUUUAUGCACCGAAACCCCUUUCAUGACACAGAACGCAGGCGGCGCAACACAAGUAUCGAGCACAGGAGAAGCGCUGUAUCCUGUCCGGUGGGUCCUCUGUACACAUUUUCACUGGAAGAAUCGAGCAAACUACACCGGACAUGACUGUUAUGUUCCACGAGGAUGAUUCAAUUUCAAGUGUGGAGGAGGAGCGUAUCUUUGCCAACGAGAGACAGUGUCUCCUCAAAUAACUACUGUUAUUUUGUUGGACGAAGAUGAUUCAAUUUCAAGUGUUAAUGAUGAGAUAGAAGAGCAAGAGGCCAGAUAUUCAGCAUUUUCAAAGUCACUCAAAUCUUCAGCUUUUAUAACACGUCUUCACUCUAACUUGGCAAUAGAGAACGCUACACGCCACUGACGUUCCUGUUUUUCACUUCCGAAUACAUGGCGCGACAUUGGCCUCAAGUGAAAGGUUUCCGUAGCAGACCAGGUUGGCUAAACCGGAUAGAGGAGUUGUUAUGGGAGGAAAGAUGUUCUAUUUCCUUACAGGGCUUUCAAUGCUAAUCUACGUUCUUUUCCCCUCUAAUUCCCCCAGUGCGUAGUUUUCCCCUAGUACUAUGUAGUUUACUUGUGAUCUAAGUACUUCGUUAUCAAGUUCAACAUGAUGUUGUAAGUAAGUCUUACGUGGUGUUUCACUUUCUUUUAGGCCCUCUAAUCCCCAAAUCACGGAAAGAACAGAUGGAAACCUUAAAGGCAGCAAACCGCACUCUCCUGGAGAAGCACUACAUAGAGCCGGAGGCUGCGCAGCGAGGGAGCAAAGUCACGCUAUUCGAGCGAUGGGGUUACGCGGGUCUCUUGAAGUACCUGCAUCAAGCGCCAGUCGAACAAAGCCAAUAUCCAACUUCUGAUUUGGAAUUGUUCAAGAUCAUAAGGGAGGUUUAUCCGAGUAGCGGAAUCUUGUUUGGAGCCAGCGAAGGGGAGACAGAUGAGGUGGGUAGUCCUGGAGCUGAGGGAACAAAAGACGAAGCACCAUGGAUGCUGGCAUCGGAAGACUAUCGGCCGAGGCUGGAGAACGCACAGGUGGAUUUGGUUCGGUACUUGCAAGAGAGACUGGAGAACAGAAUACCGCCACCGGUGGCUUCCACGACUACUAUUUCUGCUACAUCAUCAGCAACAGGAGUAGGUGAUGGGUGGAAGAACGAUACGGAGAAACUGGUAGAGUAUCUUUCAGCGAAUCAAGCGGAAGGUGCGCUUGUUUUUGACGUUGCUAUGGGGUAG